CUUCUCCGGUCGGGUGGGAACGAUCGGUUUGCCUGCCCCUCGCCUCACACGCUCCCCGCCGCCCCCUCCACCCCCCUGAGGAGGAGUCCCGGCUGGAGCGUGUCUGGAGGAAUCCGCCGCCGCGGGGCCCCUAGCCCUGCUCUGCCCGCGCCUGAGGACCGACCCAGACGCCGCCGGGGGUUGAGGGGCAGCCGGCGGCGAGGCGGGAGAUGGUGGGGUGGGCUCCGGCAGGACCGCGCCGCCGCUGCCCGGAGCCUGGGCUCGGCACCCCCCCGCCGGCCCCCACCGAGCGGAGCUCUGCUUCCUCCUCGCCGCAUCCCUGAGGGAAGCGCCGCCUCUGCUCCCGGGUUCUCCGCCCGCCGACUCCUUCCUGGCCGGACCCCGCUGCGCUCCACCCCAGUGGCUGGAGGAGCAGCUCUCCAGUCAGCCUUUGCAGCCCCUCUCUUUUUCCCUUUCCACCGGGCCUCCUCGGAUCCCUUGGCUGGGCACUGAGGCGGGGGAAGAGGCUGGGGUCGCCACGGCGGAGGUUGCUGCCGCCACCCCCCUGCGGGGGUGGCCGGGGUUCCCGGCUGGGGGGGUACCGUUCUGGGUGAGGCAUCCACCAUGGUGAGGCCCCUGUGCCGCUGCCCCCGCGCCCCCCCGGCCGCCGCUGCCUCCUGCCCCUCGGUGCUGCUGUUGCUCCCCCGCCUGCUGUUGCUCCUCCAUCUCCAGAUCGGAUCACGGUGAGGGAAAGAUGAGCGAGGAGACGGCGACUUCUGACAACGAGUGUCAGGGGCAUGAUGAUGGAAUCUGCUUUUUUCAUAAUAGUUAUGCACGAGUGCGAGCUGUGGUGAUGACCCGAGAUGACUCAAGUGGUGGAUGGUUACCACUUGGAGGGAGUGGACUAAGCAGCGUCACUGUCUUCAAAGUCCCUCAUCAGGAAGAGAAUGGCUGUGCUGACUUUUUUAUCCGUGGAGAGCGACUCAGGGACAAAAUGGUGGUUUUGGAAUGUAUGCUUAAAAAAGACCUCAUUUAUAAUAAGGUCACUCCAACAUUUCACCACUGGAAGAUUGAUGACAAGAAGUUUGGUCUUACGUUUCAAAGUCCUGCUGAUGCUAGGGCUUUUGAUAGAGGUAUCCGAAGAGCUAUAGAGGAUAUUUCUCAAGGAUGCCCCGAAUCAAAAAAUGAAGCUGAAGGGGCAGAUGACUUACAAGCAAAUGAAGAGGAUUCUUCCAGUUCUCUAGUGAAGGAUCACCUUUUUCAGCAAGAGACAGUUGUUACCAGUGAGCCUUAUAGAAGCUCAAAUAUAAGACCUUCUCCCUUUGAAGAUCUGAAUGCCAGAAGAGUCUACAUGCAAAGCCAAGCCAAUCAGAUAACAUUUGGUCAGCCAGGCUUGGACAUUCAGAGCAGAAGUAUGGAAUACGUACAGCGGCAAAUAUCCAAGGAAUGUGGAAGCCUAAAGUCCCAAAAUAGGGUCCCUUUGAAAUCAAUCAGGCAUGUCAGCUUUCAAGAUGAGGAUGAGAUUGUCAGAAUAAACCCUCGAGAUAUCUUAAUACGUCGCUAUGCAGACUACAGACAUCCUGACAUGUGGAAAAAUGACUUGGAAAGAGAUGAUGCUGAUUCCAGUAUUCAGUUUUCUAAACCAGACAGUAAAAAAUCAGACUAUCUGUACUCUUGUGGGGAUGAGACUAAGUUAAGUUCACCCAAAGACUCUGUGGUAUUUAAGACGCAGCCUUCCUCAUUAAAAAUUAAGAAGUCAAAACGAAGAAAAGAGGAUGGUGAACGUUCUCGCUGCGUAUACUGCCAGGAAAGGUUUAAUCAUGAAGAAAAUGUCAGGGGAAAAUGUCAGGAUGCUCCAGACCCUAUUAAAAGAUGCAUAUAUCAAGUUAGUUGCAUGCUCUGUGCAGAGAGCAUGUUGUAUCAUUGUAUGUCAGACUCAGAGGGAGAUUUUUCUGAUCCCUGUUCGUGUGACACUAGCGACGACAAGUUCUGCUUGCGAUGGUUAGCCCUGGUAGCUUUGUCUUUCAUUGUACCAUGUAUGUGCUGCUACGUCCCUUUGAGAAUGUGCCAUCGCUGUGGUGAGGCAUGUGGUUGCUGUGGUGGGAAACAUAAAGCUGCUGGAUGAAAUGGUCCAGUGCCAAAAUGAGCUUAAAAUCUUUGUUUCCAGGAAUUAGCUAACUUGGAUUUGUGGAAGCUUUUGGCAAGCAAUAUGGGAUCUUGCCUGGUAUCAUUGAGCCCACACAUGGAGGAAGCAGAACUCAUCAGUUCUUGGCGUUUCACGCCAUGCCUAACUUUUCCCUUGAGUGCAUGGCAUGUUUUGUUACAGGUUGUAGAGUAUUUGCAGAAGGAAACCAUUUCUGGUUAUUUGGCUAUAAAAAGUCAGCAUAAAAUAUGAUCCAACUAAAAGGGAUUAAUUUUUGGCAUUUUUGUAUAUUUAUGCAUUAGGUGAUGGGACUUUUAAAGGUUUGAAUUUAUUAGGACACGAACUAAAAAUAAAAGUGCACUAGGGGACAGUUGAUUUCAAUCUAAGAAAAGUUAACACUUGGGAAUUACAAGAAGUAAAACAAGUGCAACUAAAUCAUUUAUUAGUUGUUUUUUGAAAGCAGUUUUAUGUAUAAAUAACAAAUGUUUAUAUUUAACUAAAUGUAAGGUACGAAUUAUUACAUAUUAAACUUUUCUUCCCCUUCCUAGUUCUGAAGUAGAUAUAUAUAUAUAUAUCUACUGUCACAUUCCAUAUAUUUUGAAUAUUUAACUCAUCUAGUUAAUAAUGUUUUUAUUCCAUGCGAAUGAUUUGAUAUUUUCAUCCUUAUUUCUCUUUGGCUACAAUUUAUAUUGAGUUAUAUCUGUACAUUCUGGUAAUCUAAAAUCCUUAAAAAUACUCUAAUAGCCUUGAGUGACCAACUUUUUUUUUAAAGCACAGAUGUAAUUGUCUAAUGUUCUGAUGGGAACGUAACACUUAUUUUUAUAUAAAAAGAGACUGAGUAAACAAACAUUAUAGAAAAAUAGUGAAGUUUUUUAGUUGUUUUUUGUGGUAUUCAACCAGCAAGUUGUUUUCUUUCAGAGUUUCCUCCUUCAAAAAGUUAUAUUGCAUUUACAAAUGUUUUACAAGGCAGAAAGUUUGACUGGAUAGUUAGUGUAAAAGCUUCGUGUUGAGAUCUUCACGUAUCAUUCUGCUAAACCAGAAUAUGUUCAGCUGUGUUACUAAUUUUUCAGCUUAAUCCUCAGUGCUUAUUAUUUACAUAACAAUAACUUUUUAUCAGUUACAUUUUAUUUUUAUUUAAACUGGCCAAAAGCAAAAUUAUUUUAUGUUAAAAUGUGUGCUAAACUAUCCCAGGAAAGUAUUUAAUCCAACAUUGUAAAUGAAGUAUCUUGUACAUAUAAAUUUAUUUCUUUUGCAGAGCAUUAUAUUACUGGAUGUUUAAUUUACAAAAUAGUUGGGUAAAUGUUCCAACAAACUUUAAAGUACCUUGAAGUCAAAUUGUCUGUUUUUGUUUUGUUGUUGUUGUUGUUGUUUUCUUAAGUGUUACAUUAAAACUCUAACCAAGGAAAGGGUUCUUUAAGAACAUUCCCUUAGAGGGAUAAAGUUGAGAAGUGUGCCUUUUUUUUAAUGGCUUGAAGUUUCAGAGGUGAUAAAAAUUAAAAUCACACUACCAUUUGAAGCUCAUUUUCUAUGCAGGUUUUUAAACGUCAUUUAUGUAUCAUUCUUUUUAUAUAUCACACUUAAGCUUGUGUUAGCUUUUUUCUUUUGCCCCAGAUCAAACUGAACAAUGUAUAUAACACUAUCUGUCUGUAAAAUACUUUUUUUAAGAAAGCAUCUAUAUUUAUAUGACAGCUUGAACUGACAACAUUGUGUAUAUAGAUCAUCUUGAAGUAUUAUUUCACAUUGAAAAGAAGAAAAUAUAUUGAUAACUAUAGAUGUUAUGAAGAAGAGGGUAUUUCUAGUUUUGUACUAAAAAUCAAUUGGAUGAACUAAAUCCAAAACAUGACACUGUAGCAGCAGUUUUAAGUCUUAUUUUUACUGUUUAUAUAUUUGAAUGCUGCUACAACAGAUGAUCUUCAUCCCUGAAGUUUUCAGCUAAACUUGGUUUCCUAGAAUAGACUGUUAACUUUCAAAAUUUUUAUUGGUGAAAUGGAAAUACUGUUUUUCCUUGUGAAUGAAUUUUCAUAUUUGUAAGUGCUAAGUUUAUAAUUCAGGUUUGAUCAAGGUGUGAAUAACUGAAGAAAAUAACUUGCUGGCUAUAUAGGAAAAUGCUGUGGAAAUGAACUGUGUAUAUACUUCUGGGAGGAACAAAUUUAAUCAUUUCUUCUGUUAAGCACUAAUCAGUAUAGUGCAACUCCUGGUUCUGUACUGUAUUUUAUAUGCAACAUAUAUGCUUUAAUAUUUUAAUGUUUGUGCAUUAAUAUUUUCAAUUUGUUUAACCACUUUGCUGCUAAGAUUUUGCCGUCCCAUUCCCAUUUUUUCCUUUACAAUUUUAAACAAGUUUCUUCAUUAAAAACUAUGGUGAUGAAA